CAUGUGUCGUGAGUCAUGGGUGUGCGGUGUGUAUAAUGGGGUGACGUUCGUUCGAUGGCGCUCCGUGCCAGUUGCGUGACGGCUGCGUGUGAGCGAUGACUGUGUGUCAUGGGGCGGCGUGUGUGUGUGUGUGUUGAGGCGGCGCGUAGGACCCGCUGCUGGUUGCUGUUCUCCACACUGCUCUGUUUACACACGCACACUCUCUCUCUCUCUCUCUCUCUCUCUUUCUCUCCCCCAUCUCUCUCACUGGGAGAGUGUGUGUGUGUGUGUGUCCAGCGGCGAGUCGUUUACUGCGCUGCCGACUUUUUUACACUUUACAGCGAGCUACGGCGCAGAAGCAUCGAAAAACACGCCAGUAUGGAGGGGCAGUGACACAGGCCCCUCUGCGUGGAUGGAGUCAUCGCGGGGGUUGGGGGCGGCCGCAAGCGGACCGUCCCGUGAGUACAAGCUGGUGAUGCUGGGUGAGGGAGGAGUGGGGAAGAGUGCAAUUAUCAUGCAGUUCAUCAGCCACAGGUUUCCAGAGGACCACGACCCCACUAUAGAGGAUGCCUACAAAACACAGAUCCGUAUUGACGAUGAGCCAGCCAACUUGGACAUCCUUGACACUGCAGGGCAGGCCGAGUUCACGGCAAUGAGGGACCAGUACAUGCGUGCAGGGGAGGGCUUCAUCAUCUCCUACUCCAUUACUGAUCGGCGAAGCUUCCAAGAGGCUCGGCAGUUCAAACAGCUCAUCUACCGUGUGCGCCGCACCACAGAUACACCGGUGGUGCUGGUCGGAAACAAAUCUGACCUCACUCAUCUGCGACAGGUGUCAGUGGAGGAGGGUCGUGGGUUGGCCCGGGAGUUUCAGUGUCCCUUCUUCGAGACCUCUGCAGCUUUCCGCUACUACAUCGAUGAGGUGUUCGCCGCCCUGGUGCGACAGAUUCGCCAGCGGGAGGAAGAGGCAGCGCGGGGUGGCGAGAAGAAGAGUCGGCGCCACCACUCCUUCUGGACCCGCCUGAGAUCCCCUUUUCGCAGGAAACAACACUCAGAGCACUGAAAAUGGAGAGAUGGGGCUGUGGAAGCAGAGUGAGACAACACACCCAUGAGUGGAUGACUUAAAGAUGGGGGAAGUUGAAAGAAGGAUGUUGGAAGGAAGGACAAAAAGGGGAAGAGGGCCAUAUAAACCUGAAGAAGAACCACUGGUAACGCGUGUAAUAAGAGUGAUAUAACGGAGGUAAUGGGGAAAGAGAGCGUAGGAGAAGAAGGCACCAAAGGUUUAGGGGACAAUAUACCGUAAGUCAGUAUGAGUGACUGAAAGAAAUGUUAAGAUGUUGUAAGAGAUGGGAUGCUGUAAAAGGUGGUAAGGACGGAGACACAAAGAAAUGCAAAGGAGGAAUAGGAGACCUAAGAACCAUACAAACCUUGGUAACUGUGUGACAUUGGAAAAUAAGUGUUAGACCUAAUAUUCCGCUGUAGUUUUCAGUAGAAAAGCAUAGAUGGGUGCACGUGAAGGGUGCGCUUUACUUGCUGUGCUGCAGUAAAGCCUGGACUUGUUUAGUCGUGAUUUUUCGCGUUUCGUACGGAAGGCCCUCAGCAGACGGCAACACCAGCGUGUCAUCGCUCCCUGGGCCUGCACCGCGUUCUCGGCUGGAGCUGCGAAGGCUCUUUCUGGAAGCACCGUAUUCCACUUACCAUUAUUUCUAAUAUUGGGCCAUAUUCUAGCAUUAUUGUUUUUGAUUUGAUCUGUGUUUAGUUCUUUAGUUGAU